AAGAACAGGAUUUUGACAGCUUAAUCCGUCUCUCAGAAGUGGAACUGAUUCGAAUAAAAGAAUGCCUCACAAAUUUACAGCAAGAAAACAUGGUGGAGAGCCCUCGGACGAGGGCGGCUCUGCCACAAAAUCACAGCCGGGCAAGGCUGGAAGAGUUUCCGAAGACGGCGAGAAGAAGAGUUCAAGCAAGCGGCUCAAAGACGUUGAGAUCAGCGUCCCGAUAGUGUACGGUAAUAUCUCAUUCUGGCUUGGUAAAAAGGCGAGCGAGUAUAAUUCACAUAAAUGGAGUGUCUAUGUUCGCGGGGCAACAAAUGAGGAUCUGGGUGUAGUUAUCAAACGUGUUGUCUUCACACUACACCCUAGUUUCAAUAAUCCCACGCGGGUUGUGGAGUCCCCUCCAUUUGAGUUGUGCGAAUCCGGUUGGGGUGAAUUCGAAAUUUCUAUUACCCUUUAUUUCCACAGCGAUGUUUGCGAUAGGCAAUUGGACUUAUUUCACCAUCUGAAGUUGUAUCCCGAGGAUGAAUCUGGUCCCCAGUCAAUCAAGAAACCUGUUGUCGUCGAAACUUAUGAUGAGGUAGUCUUCUCUGAGCCUUCAGAGAGUUUCUUUGCUCGUGUACAGAAUCAUCCAGCUGUAAUUGUGCCGAGGCUGCCUGCCAGUUAUAACUUACCUCCCCCUGGAACAAUUGAAAACUUGAAUGAAAAGAAGAGAGGUGAUACCAAUGAUCACCCGCUAAGUCAAUGGUUCAUGGUUUUCUCAGAGGCAGAUGAGCUGUUAAAACAUGCAGCAGCUCGUCAACAGGUGCAAGCUCACAUUGCGAAGCUUAGAAGACAGUUGAAUGUGCUAGAAGGGCAACCUCAACCGUUGAAGCCCACCUCCGGUCAGUGAAUGUACUUUAGCCCGCGAUAUCUUCAGUGAGUUUCUCUUCAAGUUGGUACAUUUGUAGGUAUGGAAACAGACUGCAAUGUAAAUAUUUUGAUGUUAUGAAUUAGCUCAACUAUAGCUGUCCUAAAUACUAAUCCCCUCUUUUCUUUUUACCCUCAUUUCUUUUCUCUCUAGAUGCAAGAAGAGCUGAGUGAUGGUACCAUUUUGUAUCAAACAGAAAAAAAGAGAUAAAUGUAUUAUUUAAUUUCAAAUUAAGGGAGAAAACUUGAUUUCUUCUCUA